UGAAAUGGCGUCUGGUUACCUAGUGCUCGGUGUAUGUUAGCUAUUUGAUUAGCAAGCUAUAUUCAAUAACCUUUGAUUGUGAAUAGAAGUUCAUUUUCAAUAGAAUAAAUAACGUCAUUGUUAUAUAUUUCAAAAUGUCUGACUCAGAAGAGGACAGUCAAGAUAAGCAACUUAAAAUUGUAGUCAUCGGGGACGGCGCAUCAGGGAAGACGUCCCUCGCCACCAGGUUUGCACAGGAGGCCUUUGGGAAACAAUACAAACAAACCAUUGGCCUUGAUUUCUUUCUGAAGAGAAUAACUCUGCCAGGCAACUUGAAUGUUACUUUGCAAGUGUGGGAUAUUGGAGGUCAAUCGAUUGGAGGGAAAAUGCUGGAUAAAUAUGUCUACGGGGCUCAGGGUGUUCUUCUAGUGUACGACAUUACAAACUACCAGAGCUUUGAGAAUCUGGAGGACUGGUACGGCAUGGUCAAGAAGGCCAAUGAAGAGUCAGACGUCCAGCCUGUGGUCUCACUGGUGGGAAACAAAAUUGACCUGGAGCACAUGAGGACAGUGAAGGCUGACAAACACCAGCGCUUCUGCCAAGACAACAGCCUCAUCAGUCAGUUCGUAUCAGCCAAGACCGGAGACUCAGUGUUCCUGGCAUUCCAGAGAGUGGCUGCAGAUAUUCUGGGGGUGAAGCUCAACAAAGCAGAGAUUGAGCAGUCCCAGCGUGUGGUGAAGGCAGACAUCGUGAACUACAGUCAAGAACCUGUGGCGAGGACAGUCAACCCCCCGCGCAGCUCCAUGUGUGCGGUACAGUGACCCCCCUCUCUCCCCCACCUCCCCUCUUGCCCCUCCACAAACUGACGAUAGCAGUGAGGGCUUCUGACCAGCAGGCUGCCCCCAACACACGUGCCCAUAGCCAAAGCAGGGGAAUUGAGCCAGCUUGGUUUAUUCUGCUGCGCACGCACACACACACACACACACACACACACCUUCUCUCUCAACGCACAAGUCUUGAGAAAGGCUUUAUAUCAGUAUUUCCUUGGGGAUUUUCAGGGUCAUCGGAUAUGUUAAGAUUUGAAUGUGAGGAUCUCUCUGUAUGUACAGUUUGUAUUUAUAAAGGGACCCCACAGUAUAUUCCUGGCUUCAAUACAUUUAAUAUAUUUUCAUGAAUGAUUUAUUGAGUAGUAAUCAGCUUUGGUUGCAGCAUAUGUCUGUUUAAACAUGAAGUUAUGCUGAAAGCAAAUGGGCCCUCCACUUUUUCAGCAAUAUAUUUUGAGCAACUGUUAUUCUUUUGUCAUUUUUUUCCCUUCUACUGUCUUCAUUAUUCAAUUAUUCUUCAAAGGACCAUUUUUGAUUGUUUGUAUGUAUGUAUGUAUUCAACAAAAAUUUAAAAGCAACAUGUAAAGUGUUGGUCCCAUGUUUCAUGAGCUGAAAUUAAAGAUCCUAGAAAUUGCCCAUAUGCACAGAAACGUAUAUUUCUAUCAAACGUUGUGCACAAAUUUGUUUACAUCCCUGUUCAUGAGAAUUUCUCCUUUGCCAAGAGAAUACAACCACCUGACAGGUGUAGCAUAUCAAGAAGCUGAUUAAACUGCAUGAUCAUUACACAGGUGCACCUGCUGCUGGGGACAAUAAAAGGCCACUCUAAAAUGUGCACUUCUGUCACACAAAACAAUGCCACAGAUGUCUCAAGUUUUGAGGGAGCGUACAAUUGGCAUGCUGCCUGCAGGAAUGUCCACCAGAGCUGUUGUCAGAUAAUUUAAUGUUAAUUUCUCUACUAUAAGCUGCCUUCAACGUUGUUUUAGAGAAUUUGGCAGUAAGUCUAACCGGGCAUCACAACCGCAGACCAUGUGUAACCAGUCCAGCCCAGGACCUCCACACCCAACUUCUUCACCUGCGGGAUCGUCUGAGGCCAAACAGCUGAUGAAACUGAGGAUUAUUUCUGUCUGUAAUAAAGCACUUUUGUGGGGGAAAACACAUUUUAUUGGCUGGGCCUAUGCCCUCCCAGACCCACCCAUGCCUGUGCCCCUGCCCAGUCAUGUGAAAUCCAAAGAUUAGGGCCUAAUGAAUUUAUUUCAAUUGACUGAUUUCCUUAUAUGAACUGUAACUCUGUAAAAUCAUAGAAAUUGUUGCAUGUUGCUUUUCUAUUUUUGUUCACUAUAUUUGGCAUUUUUAACCUUGACAAUGGACAUUUAAGUACGUAUUGGUGCAGCUUAAAGGUAGGACAAUAUAUCUGUAUCUUUGUAGCCUUUUUCAUCUGUCUGUUGUAGAACAGAAAAGUCUGCAAUGAAGAACUGCUUUGACACAAAGUGCUUCAUUGGAUCUUCAUUUGUACCAAACAAGCUGAAUAAUAGCCAACCUACACUCUUAGAUAAAAAAGGUUCUAAAAGGGUUCUUUGGCUGUCCCCAUGAGAGUCCUUUGAAGAACCCUUUUGGGUUCCAUGUAGAGAGGGUUCUUCAAAGGGUUCCCCCAUGGAAACAGCCAAAGAACCCUUUUUUUCUAAGAGUGUACAUAAAUUACAGGCAUGUGUUUUGUACGGAUACUCAUCCCUCAAAAUAAGUUGGCUUAUCUUGCAGUUUGUAUUGUCAAAAUGUUUUCUUUGACUAAUAUGGUGUACUUGCACAGAGAGGAUGUCAACAUUGUACCAGAAAAUACAUGACAAAACAAUGUGACAUGGUUGGAUUUUACUCUGUAAACCAUGGCGUUCGCCUUAUGUGUAAAUUGUCUUUAUAAAUGAUAAAUGCAUUGCUUUGUGAAAGAUCUUAUUUUCAAUGCUGCUCACAUUUCAGUAAGAUGUAAAGAGCUUCCCUCAUUGGAUGGAAUAGCCUCUGUACUCCCUAUUACUUUUGGUCAUAAAAAGAAAAUGUCUAAAAGUGAAGUAUGAAAUCAUGUUAUAUAUAUUAUCUGUACACUUAGAAAAUGGUUGUCAAGUAAACAUUCAAAAGUAGUACAGACUUUGUAUAUGGAAAAAUAAAAAUGCUAUUGAAAAAGAAAUGCAAUAGUUUAUGUAAUUACUAGGCUACUGUAUAGUUUGUGCAACAUUGUGCCUCCUUGGAAUUCUGGAAAUAAAUAUUAUGUGAGUG